UGUUCAUUGACAGUGUUAUAAGUAAGCUUUCAUAUCUCUCACCAAACUACCAACAACCUCAACUACAAGAUGACUGACACCAUAGCAGCAAGUAAUAAUUUCAUAGCUACAUUCAUGUGGUUCACACCCUCUCCUCUUUUCAUCUUUGUUAACCUUGUCAUUGGUACCAUUGCUCUCGUUUCUCGCUUCGCUGCAGUAACUGCACCCAAAACCCAUCAAACACACAAUCUCAGUCACUGCAACCACCACCAUAACGAGCAAACAUUUGUUACACAACCUGAGCCAGAGUCUACUCAGCCCCAACUUGCUCCAAGUCUAAAACCUUCACUGUUACAGCGAGUCUUGUCUUUCAAUCUCAACAAACACGAACCAGCACAAACAGAACCCAAAACCCCACCUAUAGAACUGGUCAAGUCGGAUCCGAUCCACGAUUGUGAUUCUGAUGAUGAGGAGAAUAGCAAACCGAUGAUGAAGAAAUCAGCGAGCGAGAAAGAGUGUUCAAUGGCGAGAAGUGAAUCAACGACGAGUAAAGAAGAAGAUGAAGCGGAUGAUGCAAAAGCUGAUGAUUUUAUAAACAUGUUUAAGAAGCAAUUGAGGUUGCAGAGGCUUAAUUCUUUUAUCCGUUCCAAAAACAGCAUUUGAUCGAUGAUGAUAACACAGACCUACACUUCCCUUUGAAUAGUCUAGAUGAAAAGAAAAUACUCCAUUACAUAAAGAAAAAUUACUUGAAUUCAUGUUGAGUUUGAUUAAAUUAUGACUCUGUAGAGCUUAAACUAAACGACAGCACUCUGGAUUUUGUUCAAAUUCAAUGUGAGUAUAAAUAUGCACUAAACAUCUUUUCUUGUAGGUUUGUGUCUUUUACAAGUAGAGCUGUCAAAACGGGCCGGCCCGAAAGCCCGAAUAAAACGUAGGGCUUGGGCCUAAUAAUUACAGCCCGAAUUUUUCAAGAGCUUUUUAGCCCGGCUCGAAAAAGCCCGGAGUCCGUUCGGGCCACGGGCAGCCCGCAAAAAAAGUUUACUUCUCGUGAAUUUACUGGAGCUGAAGAUGCAGCCUGAUUGGCUGACUCACAGUGAAUUUACUUCUCGUGAAGCUGACUACUAAACUGGAUUCCUCCACAAGUUGCAUAGCCCAAACAAAGCAAGUACUCUUUCUAGGAAACUGACAUAUUCUAUACUAUUAUGCUACUUGAUGUCACCAUGUUCUGCCUCAGUGGUUUAGUUUUUGUGGUACCCCUAAGCCUUUGGAAGUGAAGUAAAACGUCAAAAUACUAACAUGCAAAAGAAAGGGUUCUGUUUCAUCAUAUUGACAAGAACAAUUAGCUAUUAACUUUUCCUAUAGCAUUCUUUAGACUAAUUAACUGUCAUUACUACUACAGAGAUUGUUCUUGGAUAACCAAUUGGAAAGGUUGAACUUCUGAUAGAAGUUGUAAACAUAGUUCAUUACUCAUAUCUUAUACAUCAAAUAUGCUACUGAAUUUAUUUUUAAAGUUACUGGCAACUUAUUCUUUUAAAA